AUGGGUGUCUCCGCAGAGACUUGGUCUCUCGAGAAGGCUUUUUCUUCUUCUCUGCUUCGUCUUGAAUUACCAUACAAUAACAGAGAAGAAGAAGAAGAAGAAGCGGAGGCAGCAUACAUCGACUCCAUCAUCUCCUUGUACCGGGGAGAUCUUGACGGCGCCUGUGUGUGGCCAUCGCGGGGUGAGCUGAGAUUGCAGAUCUCCCCACGUGCGGGUAGAUCUCCUUCGCACGCCUCCGAGGGGAGAUCGCAUAUGCAUAUCUCGUCGGCCGUGAAGGAGAUUGCCUCUGCUGAGUUUAGAUGGGAGAUUGCCUUGAACAAGAAAAUGUCUUCUUCAAGAAGCCUAUCAAAGAUUGAAGAAGGUAGUUGUAGUGAAGCGCCAAGCAAUAGAAAUUCCGGGCUAUGCUCUUCUUCGGAGGUUGUUCAACUAAUCCAAAAGAUCAUUGCAGAGGCCAUCGGAACGUACUUCGUGGUAUUUGCCGGGUGUGGCUCUGUAGUGGUGAACAAGAUCUAUGGUUCCGUAACAUUCCCAGGGAUUUGUGUGGUUUGGGGCUUGAUUGUGAUGGUCAUGAUUUAUUCUCUUGGCCACAUCUCCGGCGCCCACUUCAACCCCGCCGUCACCAUCACUUUCGCCAUUUUUCGCCAAUUCCCUCCCAAACAGGUGCCUAUGUACAUAACAGUGCAGGUGUUAGCAUCAAUUCUAGCGAGUGCAACGUUAUGCCUUCUGUUCGACGUAACUGAUCAGGAUUUUUACUUUGGAACUGUUCCACCAGCUGGAUAUGACAUCCAGUCUCUUGUUUUUGAGAUCAUCAUCUCCUUUCUCUUGAUGUUCGUCGUCUCUGGCGUUGCCACUGAUAAUAGAGCAAUAGGAGAAUUAGCAGGAAUUGCUAUCGGAAUGACAAUACUACUCAAUGUCUUCAUCGCCGGGCCGGUUACUGGGGCAUCUAUGAACCCAGCAAGGAGUAUAGGGCCAGCUGUGGUGAUGAAAGUUUACAAAGGAUUGUGGAUUUAUAUUGUGGGCCCAAUUAUUGGCACCAUACUUGGAGGUGGUGCCUAUAAUUUAAUCAGAUUUACGGACAAACCACUCCGAGAGAUUACCAAAACCUCUUCGUUUCUUAGGAGCGUGUCCAGAAGUGUCGCUCGCUAA